AUGUUGACGGAUGGAACGAUUGCCAAAACCCAGUGCCAGCUAACGAGCGAUGUGAGCCGGCCUGUACUUCUGAUUUCAAGUGUUGUAAAGGGUUUUAUUGCAACUGGUUUUUGGACACCCGUAGUUUCCGUGUUCUCGGAUCGAUUCGAGGACUCAGGUUGUUUGACUGACAUUUUGGGACACACUGGUGACAGCGAAGCGGCUGCAUUAUCGAAUGUUCUGGGAUUGGAGAGCAAAAUAUGGCGAUACUCCAUACGGUCCACGAUGGAUUCUCAACGA